AUGGACAGUCUUACUUCUCGUUUCAAGAAAAUCCUACAACCAUCACGCAGGCACCAAGCCGUGUCUUCUGCCGAUGCCACUAGCUCCGGGCCAUCGACUUCGAAGCACAGAUCAAAGGCAGAUGACCUAGACUUCUUAGAGCUUGCUUCUGGAACUGAUCCUAUUGUCGAUAUUGUCGCCAUCCACGGUUUAGACGGCCACAGAGAGAAGACAUGGUCCACAAAAAAGUCAAUCCUGUGGCUGCGCGACCUCUUGCCCACCGACUUGUCCAAUGCCCGAGUCUUAUCCUACGGCUAUGAUGCCGAUACUCGUAGCCUGGGCUGUGUAUCGACCCAGACAAUGCGUCGACAUGCGGAUGGGUUCGCCAGAGCGCUCGCAAGAAAACGCAAAGAUAUGCCUCAACGACCUAUCAUCUUUAUUGCGCAUGACCUGGGAGGUAUUAUCCUAAAAUGGGCGCUGGUGAUCUGUCAUAAUCAAGGACUAGAAACAAAAUGCGACCUUCGAGAUAUUCUAACUUCCACCCAUGCCAUCCUUUUCUUUGGAACUCCCAUUCCGGCGCCGACACUUCCCUCCUUGAACAAGUCAACCGCGUGGCACACCAUCCUCAAAGAUCUUCGGGCUCAGUCGUCUGAGCUCGAGAACAUACAGAGCCUUUAUGUUCAGGCAAGUAUCAAGAUCCACGCCAUAUUCUUCUCCGCGGAGUACAUGAAUGGACCAGUGACUGUUCCAUACUCGUCGGCCGUAGUUGCUGGCGAUCCAAACGCAACAGCGAUUGUACUCCAUGCGGACCAGCGGAAUCUGGUUCGAUUCGCAGCCAAAGACAGCCACGACUAUCAAACGGUUCUUCACUAUCUCAAAGAGCACGUCGACAAUGCGACUGUUGAGGUGAAGAAGAAGUGGGAAAAGGAACACACCUAUCGCAAGACUGCAAAUGACGAAUCUGCCCCUGACGAAGUCAUUGUGCCGAAGCCCCUCCUUAUGACACAGAAGCUUCUGCCAGAUGGUCCCGUGAAGCACCAGCCACGGUGUAUACUACAUGGACUCGGAGGGGCGGGCAAGACGCAGCUCGCAACAAACUGGAUCCAAGAGAAUGAGAGCCGCUUCAGCCGGGUGAUCUUCGUCGAUGCCUCGAGUCAAGCCCAGCUGGAAACAGACCUACAGCGUUCAAUUCGGUGCUUGGGUCCUGAGUACAGCAAGACGGCGUGGAAGGAUGCAGUCGCAUACCUUGACGGCAAGGAGAAAGGCUGGCUACUCUUCCUAGACAACGCCGACUCACCAGAACUCGAUCUGCGCCCAUAUCUCCCUACUUCGAUUCACGGAAAAAUUCUCAUUACCACGAGAAACAGCCAAUGCAUCAACUACGCUCCCGAUGGCGCAAUUGCUGUCGGCGGUCUUGAGGAAAAUGAAGCAGUGAACCUUCUUCAUAAGACUGCCAAUAUCUCACCUGAAUCUGAUGCCGACUCUGUGAAGAUUGUGACGGAGCUUGGGAUGCUAGCACUCGCUAUUACCCAAGCAGGGGUAGUCGGAUCGACUGCUGCGCAAGCAGCCAGAUUUCGGCUCGGACUACACAUCCUCGAUGUAUACUGCAUUCGACCUCUCGUUCAAUCGAUUAGAGGCAAAGACACAGGAGUUCCUGAAGCUAUGCGCAUUCCUCCAUCACUCGCUCAUUCCCUAGCUCUCUUUGAGAAGUCGACGACUUCUGGCUUCACCACACACACGGUCCUGAAAUCAUAUCCUCCGCCAGCAAGUGACAAGACUUUCAUCUCAAAGCUGGAAGUGAUCUUUGGGGAGACAUGGGACGAAGUUUUGUUCCAGGAGAUCGUCAACUUGGCCUCGCAGGCAUCACUCGUCAACGUUACAACGGAUGGCCUGUUCUACACGGUUCAUCCUCUAUUUCAGAUGUACAUCCAGGAUUCGCUUUCUGUGGAGGAAAAGAGCAGCUAUAUCCGAAUGACAGCACAGUUGCUGCUUGGUGCAAUUCGACCAGCAGAAGGAAGCAAUGCGGAGCUUUGGCAGCUGCUACCGCAUGUUAAAAGCAUCCCUCUACCGAUGCAGUCGGAGAAUCUAGCGCGCACAUUGGCCUUCAAUGAUUUCUACAAUUCUUUGGGAAAUUGGGAUGCAUGUUGGAUGCUAUUGGAACGCUGCUAUGGACAAGUUCAGCAAAACCAAGGAGAAAAGCAUAUAGAGUCGAUGUUGAUAACGAGCAGACUCGCCGAAGCACUGUGGCGCUGUGGUAAACUCGUCAAAGCAGAGGAAAUGCAGAGAGCGACACUUGCUUUGCAAAUGGAGAUCCUUGGAGACAAGGAUGAUGAGACUACCAGGACAAUGGACCUCCUUGGGCUCACGUUGCAUGGCCUUGGUCGAUUUGCUGAAGCGGAGAAGAUGCAGCAAGACGUGCUUGCUCUGCGGCUCGAGGUGUCUGGACCACGCCAUCCUGACACCAUCCGAGCCAUGGGCAACCUUGCGGCAACCUUGUGCGACCUUGGUCGAUUUGCUGAAGCGGAGAAGAUGCAGCAAGACGUGCUUGCUCUGCGGCUCGAGGUGUCUGGACCACGCCAUCCUGACACCAUCUUGGCCAUGGGCAACCUUGCGGGAACCUUGCGCGACCUUGGUCGAUUUGCUGAAGCGGAGAAGAUGGAGCAAGACGUGCUUGCUCUGCGGCUCGAGGUGUCUGGACCACGCCAUCCUGACACCAUCCGAGCCAUGGCCAACCUUGCGGCAACCUUGUGCGACCUUGGUCGAUUUGCUGAAGCGGAGAAGAUGGAGCAAGACGUGCUUGCUCUGCGGCUCGAGGUGUCUGGACCACGCCAUCCUGACACCAUCCGAGCCAUGGGCGACCUUGCGGCAACCUUGUGCGACCUUGGUCGAUUUGCUGAAGCGGAGAAGAUGCAGCAAGACGUGCUUGCUCUGCGGCUCGAGGUGUCUGGACCACGCCAUCCUGACACCAUCGCGGCCAUGGGCAACCUUGCGGGAACCUUGCGCGACCUUGGUCGAUUUGCUGAAGCGGAGAAGAUGGAGCAAGACGUGCUUGCUCUGCGGCUCGAGGUGUCUGGACCACGCCAUCCUGACACCAUCCUGGCCAUGGCCAACCUUGCGGGAACCUUGUGGGACCUUGGUCGAUUUGCUGAAGCGGAGAAGAUGGAGCAAGACGUGCUUGCUCUGCGGCUCGAGGUGUCUGGACCACGCCAUCCUGACACCAUCGUGGCCAUGGCCAACCUUGCGGCAACCUUGCGCGACCUUGGUCGAUUUGCUGAAGCGGAGAAGAUGCAGCAAGACGUGCUUGCUCUGCGGCUCGAGGUGUCUGGACCACGCCAUCCUGACACCAUCGUGGCCAUGGGCAACCUUGCGCUCACCUUGCGCGACCUUGGUCGAUUUGCUGAAGCGGAGAAGAUGCAGCAAGACGUGCUUGCUCUGCGGCUCGAGGUGUCUGGACCACGCCAUCCUGACACCAUCCGAGCCAUGGGCAACCUUGCGGUAGCCUUGUGGGACCUUGGUCGAUUUGCUGAAGCGGAGAAGAUGGAGCAAGACGUGCUUGCUCUGCGGCUCGAGGUGUCUGGACCACGCCAUCCUGACACCAUCCGAGCCAUGGGCAACCUUGCGCGAACCUUGCGCGACCUUGGUCGAUUUGCUGAAGCGGAGAAGAUGGAGCAAGACGUGCUUGCUCUGCGGCUCGAGGUGUCUGGACCACGCCAUCCUGACACCAUCGUGGCCAUGGGCAACCUUGCGGGAACCUUGCGCGACCUUGGUCGAUUUGCUGAAGCGGAGAAGAUGCAGCAAGACGUGCUUGCUCUGCGGCUCGAGGUGUCUGGACCACGCCAUCCUGACACCAUCGUGGCCAUGGGCAACCUUGCGCUCACCUUGCGCGACCUUGGUCGAUUUGCUGAAGCGGAGAAGAUGGAGCAAGACAUGCUUGCUCUGCGGUUUGAGGAGUCUGGACCGCGGCAUCCGGAUACUCUCACCGCAACAUAG